AUGGAGAUCAUUGUCAGACGCCUCACAGGCGAGGACGCGGUCCUUGAAGUAACCCGCGACACAACAAUAUCAGAGAUCAAGCUCACGAUCCGCAAUAACCGAGGAAUACCAUGUCACCAACAACGACUACUCUUCAAAGGCAAAGUCCUCAGCGAUAGCUCUACCCUCGCAGACUCGAGCAUCUACCACCAAGCCAACCUCUACCUCACCUUGAAAAUCAGCCGCAAAAGUAUCGGGGACGUGUCCAACACCCGCAAAAUCUUCAUCCAGGCCGAGGACGGCGAGGUCCUUACGCUGGACGUACAGCCCCAUGACAUGGUUGAUCGGGUCAAGAACCUGGUGCAGGAGGACAUCGGGGUCCCGUAUUGGAGACAGGUAUUGAGGUUUAAUGGCAAGGUGCUCAGGGACGAGGGCCGCUCUCUGUUCAGUUACGAUGUAUACAAUGGGGCGAUUUUGGGGUUGAUGAUUAACCGUCAAGAUGAGAGAGAGCCCGAGUUUUCAGAGGAGGACAGUGAAUAG